AUGUUCCUCAAUUUUUUUUUGUUAUUCAUUAUUUUUCAUGUAUCGUAUUGUCAAAGAAGAAUUAUCAACGGCAGUGAAGUUUCUGAAGAUAAAACGUAUGUGGUGUAUUUAGUAAAAGCACCAUUUUCAAAGAAAAUCUACGACUCAUGGCUUUGUGGUGGAGCAUUAGUUUCCAAAGAGUUUAUUAUAACAUCAGCUGCUUGCGUUGAAGAUGUGGACUAUCUGUAUGCCAUAGCAGGUUACAGGAAAUAUGUUAAAGACAAGUUUAUUGAAUACGAUGACUGCACUAAGACUAUGAAGAAAAAAGUUAUUUACACUUGCGUGCCGGUAGCCUAUGAAUUUUCCUACGAUGAAAUAGAAAAGUGGUCGUACAUAGAUAUUGCAUUGGCCAAAGUGGAGUCACCUUACAAUUUGUUCGACGCAAGAUUCCAGAUAAUGUGCUCAUAUAUUCCGACUAUAGCACGCAUUAAUUUUGAUCCUAAACAUCAAGUGCCUGGUACUGAAGGUAUGGUGCUUGGUUGGGGGCACACAGAAAUGUGGCGAGAGCAUGGUGACAAAGUCAACUAUAACCAAGAAAUGCUCCGAUAUACAGCAACACUGCUAAUGGAUAAAAACCUGUGCAAGGAACACUAUAAGGACUAUCCGGAAUUACUAAAAACUAUUGAUAAGUAUAUGUUGUGUUCAUUGGAUGCCGGUCACAUGAACGAUAAGGGAGAAAUUGUAUCGCAAAAUCAUACAUUGGUUGAUGGCUGCAUUACAAAAAACGAUAAACUGAUGGGCAUAGAAGGUGAAGUGUGUCAAAUGGAAACCAAAAAUGAUCCUAUUCUCAUAGACUAUAUAAACUACCCUAAAGAUGAGACACGUAAACGUAUGAAUACAAAUGAUACGAUUGAAGAUGAAGAUAUGAAAAAUAGUAACUCUAAUGAAAGUUUUACAGAGGAAAAUUUCAAUUUCAAUGAAACGUUUCUUACGAAAAACAUGGAAUACAGAAUAAGUCGGAGAAAUGGAAUAUGCCAGAAUGACCACGGUGGUCCACUCAUAGGUUGGAUCGGCAAACGAGAGGUUGUUAUUGGUAUAGCCUCAGUAUUUAAAAUUGAUGAAGAAAAUAGAUGUGUUGGACCAUAUUUGUACACAAGUACAGUGUGUAACAGUGCUUUUUUACAUUGUACCUUACAUGAAGAGCCUCCGAGGAUUCCGAUUCCUAAAAAGACCGAAACUCCUGCUGAUAGGAGAGCAUUUUGUGACAGUCCUCCAAGCGUUAGGGGAUAUGAUACAAUUGAAAGAUUCGUGUCGUGGAAAGAUCAUCCCUCUGGGCCAGCAGACAAUGAAAAGGCAUUGCUGCGUUCUAAGCCUGUAAGAAAAGAAGAUAAGUUUGCAACACGUGUUGAAUCGGACAAAGAAUCAAAUGAGAAUAAUAAUCCUUUACGUGACAGAAACACGCAACAAGUCAGCUUUCCGAAAGGUUUCAGUGGAAAAUAUAAAGCUCAGGCCAGUUUUUUGGCGCUAAUGAAACAAACACAGAAAUCGUCAGAAACAAAAACAGAGUCUUCCGAGGAAAAAGAGAUUGAAGAACCAUUAAAUUCUUCAUCAGAAGAGGUUGGAUCUAGUACGGGUACCACACAAACAACGAAUAAUCCUUUGGAUACAGAUCCAUCACCGAACAUAGAGUCUUCAUCGAACUUAGGAACGCCAGAACUUCAAACAAAUUUGGGUCCUCCACAGCAAAUGAGACCUAACAUAGAACUUGCAUCACAAAUGCAACCUUCGAAUUUAAAGUCUCUACCAGAAAUAAGACCUUCACAUCCAGAAAUGGGAUUGUCAUCGCAGAUUGUAUCACCAUCAGAAAUAAGACAAAGUUCGUGGCAGUCACAAAGUUUGGGGACCUCACAAAACCCAGAAUCUCAGCCAAUCGUCGGGCCUCCAUUAAAUUUGGAGCCUUCACCGAAUAGCCCGUUACAAAAUCUAGGGUAUCCACAAAACCAGAGACUACCACAAUAUCUAGGGUCCCAACAAAAUUUGGGACCUCCACAAAACCAGGGGACUCUACAAAAUCUAGGGCCUCCACAAAACCUGGGGCGACCUCAAAACCUUGGGCCUAUCCAGAACCUGGAGUUUUCACAAAACCUAGGGCCUCCUCAAAACCUGGGCACUUCACAAUAUCUUGGGCCUCCCAAAAACCUAGGGCCUCCACAAAACUUAGGGCCUCCACAAAGCUUAUGGACUCCACAAAAUCUGAGUCCUCCAAAAAAUGUGGGGUCUCCACAAAAUCCAGGGCGCCCACCAAACUUGAAUCGCCCACAAAACCUAGGGUAUCCAUACCAAGCGUUGCAACAAAAUUCGGGGCUCCAACAACACUUGGGACCUAUAUCAAAUCUGGGACCAUUACCAAACUCAGGGUUUCAACAAAACGUGGUUCCUCCAUCAAACCAGAAAUUUCAACAAAACCUGGGGUCUCCACAAAACUUUAGACCUCCACAAAAUAUGGGAGUCUCGUUAAACUUACGACCUACUUCAAAUUUAGGACCACUGUCAAACUUUAACCCUAUACUUAAUUCGGCACCCUCGUCUUACUCUGAACUACCGAUGAGCUUUAAUUCUCCAAUGAAUUUAGGACCUUCUGUAAACAUGGGAUCUUCGUUAAAUUUUAAGACGGCACUAAACCAGGAUCCUUCGAUUGUUGGGAUACCAAAUAUGAGAAGUCCUACUUUUGAACCUCCGUCACAAACUGGUGCUCCACCAAGAGUGGGACUUAACACAAACUCUUCACCAAAUCUGAAAAACACGGCUUACAACAAGAGUUUAAUGAAUUAUCCAUUAGCAACACAAAAUGCAGAGAAAAAACAAAACCAACCGACCAGUCAGAAAGAUACAAAUGUCUUCGAGAAUUUCAAAAUGCGACCGCAAAAACCAAUUCGUAGUAAAUAA